AUGCAAUAGGGAUAGAUUACUAACUUUUUUAAGAGUUCAUCUAAAAGGAAGCUUGAUUUUAAGCUCAAAAAUGGAGCUGAGAUCAAGCCUAAUGAGGAAUAGGAAAAGAUUAUUUAUGAGGAUAAAAAAAACCACAUGCAAAUCAAGGCUUGUGCAGGAUCUGGUAAAACUACUACGAUUCUCUGCAGGGUCAAGUAUUUAAUUGAAAAGGAAAAUGUCAAUCCUAAUAAAAUUUUGAUUACUGCUUUCAAUGUUGAUGCAGCUAAAAAUGUCAAGUAGAAAUUAAAUUAGCUUGUUUCAGAAAAGGUUGAAAAACUUAUCACUGUAAACAAUAUUGAUAAACUAAGCAAGCAAUGGGUAACUCAAUCAAAGCAGUUUGAUGUUGAUUAGCUCUACGUCAAAGAGUAUACCACCAAAGUUGUUUAGCUCAUGAAGAAAGACAAAGCAUUUAGAAAUAAAAUUGUCAGCUAAUUUGAUUAUAUUUUCUUUGAUGAAUUUCAAGAUAUCAAUCCUGAUGAAUAUGAAAUGCUCAAGAUUUUUGCAAGCGAAAAUACUGUCAUCACUUUUAUUGGAGAUGACGCACAAAAUAUUUACGGAUUUAGAGAAGCAAAACUCCAUAAUAGCACUCAAGCGGUAGAUUCAGAUUUUCCUGAUAUAAAAAAAUAUUAUUUGACAUGUAAUUAUAGAUCUACAGAAUAUAUAGUACAAUUUGCUAAUUCUGUCCUUGAAAGUGCUAAAUCUGACUAUGGAUACAAAAUGUAGAUGACUUCAUUUCCUCCAAAUAAUCAAGGUAAUAAUUAACCUCCUGAAUUCACUAAGUAUGUUAGUAUAAAUGAAUAGAAUGAGUCUAUUAUUUCUCAUAUUUUGGAACUUGUAGAAAGUGGAUUUACUUUUGAUUAAAUUGCUGUAUUAAGUCGAACAAAUAAGCCUUUAUAAUUUUUAGAGGAAUCUCUUGAGAUUUAUAACAAUUAAAAAGGAAAGACUUCAGUUGGGAAGGAAGGUGUUAUUAAAAUAGAUGGUGACAGUCAAGCUAGCUUGAAUAGUGGUAAAAGUAGUUAAGGAAAAAGCUAAAAGAAUUCUCUUAAAAAAGAAGAAACUUUUGAUGGAAGAAUUCCUUAUGUGGCUCACAUUUCGGAUAAUAAAGAAAAGAAUAUCAAGCUUAAAUUUAAAAACAGCAGCUCUGAAUAAAAAGUAACUCUCACCACUAUCCAUAAAUCUAAAGGUUUAGAAUGGGAUGUAGUCUUUUUAAUUGGACUUAAUGACGAUUAUUUUCCAGGCACAAAUAAAGAAAAAGAAGAAGAGGAAGAGAGAAGAAUAUUUUACGUAGCAGUAACCAGAGCAAAAAAGAAAUUGCUCAUGAGUUUUGUUUGGAGUAAAAACAAUUAAAACAUGACCAGGUUCGUUGCUUAAAUUAAAUCUAAUCUCUACAUGGGAUACACACAGCCUUGGAUCAGCGAAUAGCAGAAAUGCAAUGAAAAAAUGAGGACAAUCGAUAAAAUAAAAAGCAAAACAGUGAUUUUAACAGAUAUAAUUGAAUUUCUUAAUAAAGAUCAUUAUGAGCAACUUAGAAAUUAAGGAUUUUUAGACUUAAAGAAAGAAAUUAUUCAAAUUCACUUUAAAUGUAAACUAGGACAAUACAUUAUUGAUAAUAAUUUAGUUCCUGAAUUUGCUUAAUUUUUUAAAUCGUAUUUGAUUCGAUCAAUAGGAGAAGAAUACAAUGCCAUGCUAACUGGCAAAGAGACAUCCUCAGUAAAUAGCAAAUCGAAGGGAAACAAGUAUGACAAAGGAGAUGAUUAUGAGAAUGACUAAAUGGCUAUGGCUUUUAAUAAUAAGUAUUGCUAAGGAGUCUUGUUCUCUGAAACUAGUUUCAGCAAUUUAGAGCACAACUCUGUAAACAAUUUAAUAUACUCUAUUGAUUAAAAUUUAUUAAGCAGCUAUUACAUUCAGGAUACCAAAAAGAGAGAAGAAAUAUUCAAAUCUCUCAUUCAGUUUAAGGACAAAAAUCAAAAAUCAGAUGACAUUCUUAAAAGCAUAUUCAAUGUUUCUAUGUGUUAUAGCAUUUUUAAUUAAAGAAAAAGACUCUUACACAAAGACGAUGCAUUUAAGCAUUUCGAAAUGAAUAAAAAUAUUUUGAAAAAUAGCAAAAAAGCAUUCAUUCCUGAAGUAUUAAAAAAGACACCUAAAGGAAGUGAUGUUCCUCAAGUAAAUUAAACAAUUUACGAUGAAACUUAUUAAAUAAAAGCUGACUACGAUAUAAUCACUGAAGAUACUAUUUUUGAGAUCAGAUUUUAGUAGCAGCAAUUAGUAAAACCUGAGGAUAUAAUAGAAUUGCAAGCAAAAGCUUAAAUACUUUAAAGUGCAUGGAAAAUAAAUAAAAUUAAAUAUAUAACGAUUUAUUAUCCACUCUAAGGAGAAUUGAUAACUAUGGAUAUACAAAAUAAGCAGUUAGAAGGAGUUAUGAAAGUGCUAUAUAACGCGAGAUAAGAUAAAUAGGAAGCAUGUUCAGUUGCAAGUAAAUCAGUCCCUUCUUCUAACCAAGAAUCUCAGCUGAAUCUAAGCUAAUCGAAUAUUAAAUUGCCUAUGCAAAAUUAAAUUCUUAAACUAAGUCACGAUUAUUUUAACAAAUCUGAAUCAGAUGAUUCAUUUCAUAGCCAGAAAAAUCCAUUAUCAAAGAAAAAAGAUCCAAAAUCCCUCUUUGAAAAGUAUGGCCAAGAAGAAGAUCUUUAUGAAAACCACUUUGGAGACGAGUACUAUGACAACUAUGAUUGUUUACCAAUAACAAAAGCAUAAUACAAAGAAAUUACAAGCAAGAUGUCCUUGAAAAUAGGAUCCUAAUCAUAAAACAGUCAAUUUUCAUAGGAAAAUGCAUAUUUUAAAAACAAUAUUAAUGGCUCAUAAAAUUUCAAUAAUAGAUCUAAAAGUUUAAAUGAAAGUGAUGAGUCCCAGAAAACAAACAAUAGCAGCAGCAAUUAUGCCAACUUUGGAUUCGUUAAAGCAAGUGAUAUAGCAAGUAUUAAAUCUUCCUUAUAAGCAAAGAAAUCAGUAACAGCUCAAUAAAAGUGCAUUCAAAAACUUUCAAUACCUGUCUCUUCUUCCUCUCAAUCCCAAGAAAAACCCGCCUUCAACAACCCAACCACUUCCUUCUUACGAGAAGACCAAACGAAAUUCACCUAUGCAUCUUCUUUCCACAAAUCUUUAGAUUAAACAACAAAAUUCGCCUCAGUAUCUUCGUUUCACAAACCUCUAAUAAAAAAAAAUUAAAACACUCAAAACAAAAACUGA